CGCUGUCAUCUCCUUUCGCUCUCAGAUGAGGGUGUGAACAUUCCCAGCAUGCCUCACUUCAGCUGUGGGCCAGCUGCUGCUCCAGCAGGGUUAGAGAGAGAACGAGAGGAGGAGGCGGGAAAAAGGGAGAUCGGGAGUUAGGCUAAAGAGUGAGUGAAUGAAAUGAAGAGAAACAGACAGAAAGAAAGUAGAGAAAGAGAAAAAGAAUGCAAGAUGAUUGGAGAUACAUGGAGAGAUAGAGGAAAGGAGGAAAAAGAUGGAGAGAGCAGGCAGUAGGCGAUUUGAGGGGGGUAACAUGUUAGCAAAAUGACCAAAAUCCGUCCCCCUUGUUAACCUGCUCAAAAGCUCCGCCCAAAUUGAAUAAUUCUCAUCAAAUGAUCUGUGUUCUCCACGGCAGACGGGGGGAAAGAGAAGUUCAAGGGGCAGUAAAUAGGCUACCUUCUGCGCUAAGCGUUGGGCCACCCCCCCUUUUAAAUAUGAACAAAUCGCCUACUAGGAGUAGGAAUUUAUGAGAGACCGGAAGAAGAGACUGAGAGAUGAGGAAGAAGAAGAAGAGAUGGAGACAGAAUUUGAGGUAAAAAGAGAGAUAUAUCUACAGGAAAGGAAGAGAAAAACAGAACAAAAGAUCAACUGGCUUUUUACAGCUUUUUCUCUGAAAACGACGCUGUGAGAGCGGUGAGAGGGAACCAGAGCAGUAAAGUUGCAGCCGGACAGAUAAACAACGAGCUGAAACUCACUAUAAAGCUCUGUAAAGCCGAGGAGAGCUGCAGAUUAAGGGGAUGAUUCUCUGUAGGUUCAUCCCUACCAGAGACACCUUUCACACUGUCAUACGAUACAUGGUUAUUAUAAAAAAUAUCCAUUACAGCCGCUUUAAAUAAUAUGGUUUAUAUUAAACCACUGUAAUGGUGGCGUAUCAUGAAAUAUCUAAGACUGAACGUGGAUGGAGAGAGAGAGGUUCUACCUGAAUUUAAGUCAUUUUAGGACAAAUGUUUGGUUGUUUUCCACCUGUUUUCUGGUUAUUUGUCAGCUUCAGUACAUAAGCGCAUUGAAACUACUGGCUACCUUUUUGUUUUUAUGGCGUUAUGACUGCAGUUGAGAAGACUGAAUUUAAAUAUGAAUUCUCUUCAUAAUUUACUAAAGGUCAACUUCAAUCAAUUAAAGUUCAUAAUUAGGCCUCAGAAAUGACUCAGUAAAAGAGAGGGUUAUUUAUUCAAGCUAAUGCAUCUCUGCAAGCACUCAUGUAGUUACUGUCUUUAGUAACAAAGCGUAAACACCCCGCCCUGAGGCAGUCUGGGAAUGUUCACACCCCGGUCUGUCAGAAAAGAGCGAGGGCUGGAGGCAGGCGGAAGGUGGAGAAAGAGGAGAAGAAGUGUGAUGAGCCAAUUUUCAAGUGUGAGACUCAUGAGAACAACUUCUCUGCAUGUUUGCACCGUAAACUAGAAACCCACGGUGUCCGUGACGUCACCUCGAGGUCUGAAGUGAUGAUUUGAAGCUGGAGUUCAGGUUUACACUUUCUGUCAGCUUGAAAGUUUUGAGGAACAGAAGACGGAGCUUCUUAGCAACCGCCAUCACCAAUAUGCUAAAAUAUAACUAAAUAUUAAUGUUGCCUUUGGUGAAAACAUCUCCAUUCAUGUUUAUGGUUCAACGUCUUCAUGCAUCUUUUAUACAGACGUAUACAGUUUUGAGGUUCUGGUACUUUAUUUAUUUUCACUUUAUGCUACUUUAUACUUCAUUACAUUACAGUGGCAAAUAUUGUACAUUUAUUUGACAGAUAUAUUUACUUUGCAGAUUAGGAUUUUACAUACAAUCCUUGAUUAUAGAUCAUAUAUGGUUGGGUAGUUUAAUCUAUAAAUUAAGCUCGACCUCGACAGAUACAAGAAACCCGUAAGAGUCUACAGCCAUGCUAGCUGCUCUGUGAUUUGAACUGUGUCAUCUGCUCAUGGUCACGUAAGCUGAACACAGGAUACAAACACAACAGGGACCCAAAGAUCCGGAUACUUCCUCCCCCACUGAUCUCGUGACGUUCUGACUCUGAGAUGGUCGGUCCCUCCUCCUGGCUCCCUGUCUGGCCGACACACCAGCAGCCCGAGUCCUAGAGCGAGCCGUCCUCGAGUCGCGGGUUCGAGAGGUGGAGGAAGAGAACCGGCAGAUCCGGUUGCAGCUCAGCCAAUCACAAGGCACCGCUGCCCAGCCGCCGGACGGCAACUAUGGCAACCAGCAGUGGGGAGCCUCCGCAGACACGGGACCGGAGGAUGGGGACAACACAGCCGAGGAGAAGAACAACCACACCGAGUGUCCCCGAUCGCCCACCGUGCAGAAGUGUGAGCUGAUCCAUGUAGCGUGCGUGUGUGCCGGUCACAACGCCAGCAGAGACGUGGUCACGCUGGUCAAGUCUGUCCUCUUUCACAGGAGAAAUCCUCUUCACUUUCAUUUCAUCACCGACACAGUAGCCAAUCGUAUCCUGAGUUCUCUGUUUCAGUCCUGGAUGGUCCCAUCAGUGCAAGUCAGCUUCUACGAUGCAGAUGAACUCAAGUCCGAGGUGUCGUGGAUACCGAACAAGCAUUACUCAGGUAUUUACGGCUUGAUGAAGCUGACGCUAACCAAAGCCUUGCCCUCAGACCUGUCGAAGGUCAUCGUCCUGGACACGGACAUCACCUUCGCCACCGACAUCGCUGAGCUCUGGGGCAUUUUUAGGAAGUUUACUGACAAACAGGUGAUAGGCCUGGUGGAGAACCAGAGUGACUGGUACCUGGGGAACCUGUGGAAGAACCACAAACCCUGGCCUGCACUGGGACGAGGCUUCAACACAGGCGUUAUUCUUCUGUACUUGGAGCGACUGCGGCGAAUCAGUUGGGAGCAGAUGUGGCGGCUGACGGCAGAGAGGGAGCUAAUGAGCAUGCUCAGUACAUCGCUGGCUGAUCAGGACAUCUUCAACGCCUUCAUAAAGCAAAACCCGGUCCUGGUGCACCAGCUGCCCUGCUUCUGGAACGUUCAGCUGUCUGAUCACACUCGCUCCGAGCAGUGCUACACUGAGGUGUCCGACCUCAAGGUGAUCCACUGGAACUCUCCAAAGAAACUUCGUGUGAAGAACAAACACGUGGAGUUCUUCAGGAACCUCUACCUGACCUUCUUGGAGUACGAUGGAAACCUGCUGAGACGAGAGCUGUUCGGCUGCCCGAGUCAGGCCAGUCCAGAGAGUGUCCAGCUGCAGGCAGCUCUGGAGGAGCUGGACGAGGACGAUCAGUGUUAUGACUUCCGCCGAGAACGACUCACAGUUCACCGAGUGCACCUGUACUUCCUGCAGUACGAGUACACGCCCACCGCGGACGACACUGACAUCACACUGGUGGCCCAGCUCUCCAUGGACAGGCUGCAGAUGCUGGAGGCCAUCUGUAAGCACUGGGAAGGCCCCAUCAGCCUGGCGCUCUACAUGUCUGACGCCGAGGCUCAGCAGUUCCUACGCUACGCUCAGGCCUCCGAGGUCCUCAAGAACCGCAAGAACGUCGGCUACCACAUCGUCUACAAGGAGGGCCAGUUCUACCCCGUCAACCUGGUGAGGAACGUGGCCCUGAAGAACGCCAACACGCCAUACGUGUUCCUGACCGACGUGGACUUCCUGCCAAUGUACGGCCUCUACGAUUACCUCAGAAAGUCUGUGGUGCAGCUGGACAUGGAUCACACUAAGAAGGCUCUGGUGGUUCCAGCUUUCGAGACGCUUCGUUACCGUCUGUCCUUCCCCAAAUCCAAAGCUGAGCUGCUCUCCAUGCUGGACAUGGGGACUCUCUACACCUUCAGGUAUCACGUGUGGCCCAAAGGUCACGCUCCUACCAACUAUGCGGAAUGGCGAACAGCCACCACACCUUAUAAGGUCGAGUGGGAGCCGGACUUUGAACCGUAUGUUGUGGUGAGACGAGACUGUCCAGAGUACGACCAGCGCUUCGUGGGCUUCGGCUGGAACAAGGUGUCCCAUAUCAUGGAGCUGGAUGCACAGGAGUAUGACCUCAUGGUCCUCCCCAACGCUUUCAUGAUCCACAUGCCCCACGCGCCCAGCUUUGACAUCUCAAAGUUUCGCUCCAGUUCCAGCUACCGCAACUGUCUGAACACCCUGAAGGACGAGUUCCACCAGGACCUGUCCAGGAAGUACGGCUCGGCUGCUCUCAAGUACCUCACCGCCCAGAGGAACAUCUAAAUCCCAGAACUGCUGAGAGCCAGCAAGUCCGUCAGCCUCCGAGCUCCGAGAGCUCGGACAUGUACUGACGCGGCGCUGCGGACCGCAUACAAUGACGGUAAAGCUUUACAGCCUAUCGAACAUUCUCGGUCUCCUGUGCAUUAAUUCUCCAGUCGACUCCACCUUAAGGUGACGAAAAACCGGAGUGGCAACGGAUUUCCUAAACGCAGGAUUGACUGGGGCGAUGGAUGAGUGUGGAUACUGAUGGGACUAGCUUUAAGGCUGGGAAAUAACAAUAUUCUUACAAUUUGUUCUGACAAUCAGGGCUUUUUCCAGAGGACACAGUGCAUCUAUGUGGAUAUAUAUGGACACGUCAUUUUUGGGGGGAAAUUUAAAAAGACUACAUUUGAAUCGUACUUGUGAGGCCAGUCGAACUGGAGAAAGAUUUAAGCCUUAUCACUUUCCAUGGUAUUUACUGAGAUAUUUAAUGAUGUUUUCAUUUCUUUUUUUUUUCUCCAGUGUAAAUCAGAACCAAUGAAUAGCGGACAUUGGCAUUUACAAUGUUUUGAUUAUGACUUUACAUAAGAAUCAGUUUAUUUUUCCUUUCUAUAUUUUCUGACCUCUCCCAGUUGAAUUAUUUCAGAUUUUCUGUGAGCUUCAGGGAUGUGCUUUGUAUGUGUGAGUGUAUGAUCCAGCUGCAUCAUAUGGCUCGUCUUCAACACGCUUAUUGAUUGUCGUCAAGGUCAUUCUCGCUUUUGUCUUGAUCAUAUAUUUGCUUGCAUGUAAAGAAUGUUCUUUUCACACAAGAAAAUAGUCAUUUUUCCAUCAUUCAUCCCUCUGAAAGAAGCAAAAAUCUAUUAAUGAUAACAGAUCUCAUUACUGAUUGGGACCAAGACUGAGACCUUACAGUGAGUUGUUACUAAUGCAGCUAUUAGCUCUUAAGUGAAACUGCUGCAGUUCAAUUAAGGCCAGGAGCUUUUCUAUGUUCUUGUGUUUAUGCCAUUACAUCUAUAAUGUGUCUGAGUCACUGGAUAUGUGUGCCACCUACUGUACCAAAAGUCCAACUGAAAUGACAAAAUUCAUACCUUUCCGCAGUCAGUUACUAUUUUUUUGGAAGUGUGAAUAUUUUUUUGACAUUUGCAAAAAUGCUACUUUAGUCUCCAAACUAGAUAUUGUCACAGGCCUUAGUCUGCGUCCUGAGGAGUACAAAUUAUAUUCAGACUAACUGCAUUUGUAGUCUGUUUGGACUGGGUCUGACCUUUGCUAACAGAAUGAUUUUCUGAAAAUGUUUGAAUUUGCAUCAAGUUAAGAUGUUCAGACUACAGUAAACUCGCCAAUUAGCUUGAGAAAAUAAUCUGGAAUAUCCCAUGACCAACUGGACUUGCUGUAGAUUCACACUCGCCAGUCAGAACUGAAGAGACCUCCGGGAUGAGAGAGGAAACGUCUACAGCGAGUCCAGCUGCCUGGGACUUCUAGAUAUGUAGCCUGAUGUUAGCAGCUCUUCCAACAAGCUAAGGUGCAAGAACGAUGUGUGUCCAUGCUUCUAGAGGAAGAGACAUUAGCUAGGAAGCUAAUAUUAGCUGCAGUUCACAGUCUAUUGCAAGUUGCCAAAGGCACACAAACUAGUAUAUAUGCAGACAAGGAGGUGCCACCAUAAAACUACACAGAAAAAUAGAAAGAGAGGCCACCUGUAAAUUUACAGAGCAAGUCUUUAUGUUGCAGCAAAAGGAAAACGCGUCAUACAGUUUCAGUUGGACUUAAUGAAAUUAGGAAGGUUAAAUUCUUUGAUAAAUGUUAUGGAGGAAGGCUGUGUUGUUCUGUGCGCUAGACUAUCUCAACUCGACUUAUGUCGCCACUACAUUUAGUGAGUGAGUGGAUUAUUAUUGUCCCCGGAUGAUUGAUCAAAUGUUAUUGGCCAGAUUUACCCACAGUUCGGUGUAUAUUCAAGCUCCCCAGAGGAUGAUCAUAAUGUUUUUGAUGUCCUUUCCUCUAGCAUAGGACAAACUUUACUUUUUUAGCUCCAUUACUAGUUCAAAUAAAAUAAAUAUUGGGGAUGUGACAUUGCCGCCUCUCGGGGCCGCCAGCAGAACUGCAGAGCUUUGAUCCUUCAUGUCCUCUCUUCCAUUUGUGUUAAGAUAUUUAUUUUCUUGAUCCCUACCUGCAUUGGGACAAAACGCAAGCAGAGAAGAAUUGAUUGAAAUCUAGUGUAAUUUCCACAGAGUAAGGCAGAAUUAGGAGCGGGGCACUGAGCGCCAGUCGAGGCCGUUGGAUCGUGACCGACGGUGUAUGUGACGGCCACGGGCUCAGACGGAGUUUGUUUGGUGAGGAGUGAGUGUAAACUGUGACAUGAAGAGCCCCCCCAUCCAUGCCACCUCCAUUGACUUGUUGUUGAUUGUGGUAAAUGCUAGUGCCUUUGCUGUAUUGUGAAACUGGAUAUUGAUUGUACUGUUGUACCGACAGGGCCUGGGGAUAGUCAGGCACUCUAUUUAUUAUUGUUGACUCAAAUCAAUCAUAUUUUUCUAUGUAAGUGCUUUAAAUAAAUUUGCCCUUUUUUUUUAA